AUGAGGUGCGCGCAAGAAAUCAGAUGGGAACCGCCGGCGAGGGGGUGGGUCGCCUUAAACACAGAUGGCUCGGUGAAGAAUGGUCAGGCUGCGGCAGGGGGUGUUUUAAGAGAUGAAAGUGGGCGAAUCCUGAAAGCGUUCGCAGGGAAUGUGGGCGAAGCUUCAAUCACGCGAGCUGAAAUGGAGGGUAUUGUAUAUGGUUUGAGGAUGGCAUGGGAAGAGGGCUUCAGGCGGGUGGUGAUCCAAACUGAUUCACAAGCCGCGAUCCAGCUGAUUGAAGGAGCAGACGAGAGGACUCCUCAUUUCCUGGCGGUGCAGUCUGCUCGCCGGUUGCUGGACAGGGAGUGGCAAGUUCGACUUGUCCAUGUCUUUCGUGAAGGAAAUUAUGCUGCAGAUUACCUCGCCUCAGUGGGACAUCGGCUGCCGAUCGGUUUCCAUUCCAGAGAAGAGCCGGAUCCGCUUCUGAAUUAUUGGAUGUACUUCGAUGUAAUGGGGGUGGAAACAUCUCGUAUGAUUAAUAUCUAA